AUGCCGCCACCAAUCCAAGUCGAAGUACGGCGUCGAGCAAGCGAGCUAGGUAUAACGCCAUCAUCAGCAUCAAACCCGGCAGGACAGCAGCAUCCUUGGCCCGGAGUUUACCUUGAGGGUCCCGAGAUAGGCAUUGACGAUCAUUGGAUGCAAUUUAGAAUGCUUGAGGUUCUGAAUCCUGUUGGCAGAAGAAGGUCAGAGCCGGGCCGUGGCCGCCGUCCUCGCUCCCGCCCCCGCCCCCGCCCAGCGCAUAGAACCAUCCAAGAACCCGCCUUCCCUCCAGGAGAGCGCAUGUCCUAUUUUUCCCGACGCAACAGAAGUGUCUGGUCCGGUCUGUCCAGCCGGAGUGUAUCACUUUCGCCUCCGCCGCCACCGACACGGUCAUGGACACCAACGGGGUCACCGAUACGGACACCGGCAGGAACGCGGACACGGAUGUUAACAGGGAUGCAGAGGCAAAUGGAUGAGGAACUAUUCGGGGCUAUACACAGGGCCAGGAUCAGGACCACACCCCAAGAACGCUGGUUUGAGGCGUGGAAACACCACAAAAAGAACCGCAUCCGUUCGAGAGCUGAUUACAAAUUUCUGAUGGAGCAAAUUGAACCGCUUACGCAACUGGGCGAGGAACAGGAAAAGCUAGAGUUUGCUAUGCAAAAUUUGUCGAAUUCGAGGAGGAAGCAGGGGCUGAGGAUUUGGUUCCGCAUGUGGGUGGCGUGGGUGCCCAGGAGAUCCGCUGCAUCAAACGACGAGGAAUCGGAGCACAAGCUGGACGAGAUAAGUAGGGAGAUGGUGGAGCGGGAUAGGGUGUGGCUGAGAUGGGAGAAGCAGGCUUGUGCGAUUGAAGAUGGGGGUGCAGUUGUUGACCGGGACUUGGAAGAAGAAGAGAUCAAAGCCAUGCUUGAGAAACAGGAGCUCUGGGCGUAUGAGUUGGAUAAGUUGGAUAUUUCAAGCCAGGUGGCGUGGGAAAUGCAGAUUAAUCACGGUGUUGGUUGGGCUAUUUUAGGCCAUGAUGAUGAUGGUCAUGGUCAGUACCUGGUAGGAGAACCGGGUGAUCUCAUUGUGCCGGCGUUCAAUGAAGAGGACCUCUUGGAGUUGCCCGAGCUGUGGAUUCAAGUGGCUCCUGGUAAAGCUGGACCGGCAAAUGAGGAUACGCCGAUGGGAAAAGAGGGAAGGAUUGUUACCAGUCACCCACCUUUCUUGCCGAUAUGCAUCGUCUUUGACGGUCUGAGGCUGUAUCGCGCAGGGAAACUCUAUGCUGGAUACAUAGAGUACCGCACUGACGACCUGGAAUACGAGAACGCGCCGAGGGCUCGUCUAAUACUAUGUGUUCACCGACAUGGCCGCAAGCUUGGGCAGGGUAAUGGGAGCACAUAUGGGGAGGAAUACGUUCUAUGAGCAGUGGUGUUACCAACAAGCGAAGUUCGGUG